UGUGUACACUCACAAUCCAAAUAAAACUUUGUGCUUUUUAAAAAUAAAUAAAAUAUACAAGGUGUGCUGUCCUGCCGUCUCCGUCUCUGCAAACAUCAUUCUAAAACGUCACUAAAAGUAACUCAAAUAGAUGGCUUAUACAUGCUACAUGGACAUGAGAGAUAUGUCUUUGGAAAGCUUUAAGUAUCUACUUUUAAACAAAACAAAUAAAUUCUAAAACAAAUAUUCUCCCUUUAUGUAAUCAGUAUAAAAGUAAAGAGAGGUACUGUUUCUCCUGUCUGACCUAAUUAUCUUUAAUGUGUGCCCGCCCACGCGCAGAGCGCUCUAUUCAUAAGAUAAUGUGCUGAGGCGAUCUAUGCAAACUGUAAACGCCCCUAACAGCGUCUUAAAAAGCAUCAAGUUUCAUCAGAUUCAUUCGCUUUCCUUCGCGUUUGGAAGAUGGCACACUACACAGGUGAGCAGGCUCUUCAGAUGGUCCUGGACAGUGAGGAAGAGUUCACUCUUUCCUCGGAAGAAGAACACGACUCUGACGAUGAACGUCUGCAUUUUGAAGAGCGACUUGAUCCAGCUGAAGAUACAGUUUCUGAUGAGAAUGUGGAUCCAUCACUCUCACAUUCACCUGCAAUUCCCACUAGGAGGGCACGCAGCAACACAGGCGGAAAUGAGAAAGAGAAUGUGGAUCCAUCACUCUCACAUUCACCUGCAAUUCCCACUAGGAGGGCACGCAGCAACACAGGCGGAAAUGAGAAAGAUGGAGACACUGUGCAGAGGAGGGUGAAAUCACAAGGUACAUGGAGGACAAAGACAUUUCCGUGUCCUGCACCUGUGACUGCAUACAACCAACACAUGGGGGGUGUCGACCUGUCUGAUCAGCUGACACAAUACUACACAACACAACACAAAACAAUGAAGUGGUACAGAAAGAUCUUUCUACACUUCCUGGACAUUGCUGCCACAAACGCUUUCAUUAUACACAAAGACCUAUACGAUACCAUGACCCAUAAAGAGUUCAUAGAACAGCUUAUUGCAGAGCUCUGUGGUGUGUCGUCACAGAAAGCAGCUCCAAAACAGACCAAAAGUGACCAUGUACCGGUUCCAGGAGCAGAGCUGACAUCAGAUGCAAGGAAUAAUGCCACCGCUGGUCGUCGGAACUGCAUGCUUUGCAAAGUACAGCUUGGUAAAAGGCAAGACACACCUUGGAAAUGCCAGGCAUGUGACAUUUACUUGUGUCUUCAGUUAAAAAAGGAACUGUUUUCAAAAAUGGCACACAGAUGUGUGACUGUUCAGAUUCUCUGUUCACCACCUCUCACUGACCAUUGGGCUGCAAAGAUUAUCUAUAUGUGAUCAAGCAGGUUAUGUAUAGGGUGUAAAAGUGGGCUUUUUUUUAUAAACCUUACCUUUAUUUGCCUGUAUACACAAAAUGUGCCUUUGACCCUAGUUUAUAUGUGGAUUAUAUUGUUAACUUUAUUUUAAAUAAAAAAGAAAAAAAAACAAUGAUAUGUC